AUGACAGAUCGCCAUCAUUUCUCGAGGCGGCGAUCACGCUCGCCAGGCUCUUCCAGACGUGAUCCAAAGCAGCAGAAGAGACGAAGUCGCUCUCCACUUUCGAACCAACUGCCACUGAAUGCGCGUGCUCUUGUAAAGCACGAUCUCAAGGCAUUCAAGAGACUGUUUGCUCUUUACCUCGAUAUUCAGAAGCAGAUUGACAUUGACGAUCUCGAUGAGACCGAAAUCAGAGGUAGGUGGAAAUCAUUCCUAGGCAAAUGGAAUCGCGGCGAGCUCGCAGAAGGUUGGUAUGAUCCUGUGACCAAAGAGAAAGCCGACCGUGCCGCUUUGGAAGCGAGAGCGAGCCGCCGUAGUGCAUCACCAAGAGAGCAGCAACAAUCUAAGCAGCAACAGCAGCAGCAACCCACAGCCCUCGACCAGCCAGUGUCAGGUCAUGACGAUAGCGAAGACGAGUACGGGCCCUCUUUGCCCACCACUUUGAGCCGAGUUGGGCCUAAGGUACCAUCUAUGCAGGAUCUGCAGUACAGAAACGUCGCACAUGGCUUACAGCCAACAGAGCUUGCCGAAGAAGACGAGACCGCCCGUCGACAAGACCUCACGUACGACCGAAAGAUGGAUCGAAAGCUGCAGAAAGAGCGCUUAGAAGAACUGAACCCACGCGCCGAGCCAGGUUCCCGCGAGCGCCAACUCGAGAAGAAGCGUGAGAAAGCUGGUGCGAACCGUGCUUUCCGUGAGGAAAAGUCUCCUGGCGCCGAAGAGGUUGGCGAGGGCGAUCUCAUAGGCGGCGAGGAUGGUAUCAAGGCCCAUCUCCAAGUCACACAACGCAAGAAGUCGGAACGCGAAUUGCGAAAAGAAGAAAUUCUACGUGCUCGCGAGGCCGAACGUGAGGAAAGGCUCGCCGAGCACAGGGCGAAGGAAGACAAGACCAUGGACAUGCUCAGGACUCUGGCCAGACAGCGCUAUGGCUGA